AGGAGGAGCGGCGGCUGCUGCUGGGCUGCCGGGGGCUGAGGGAGGGAGAGAGAGGGAGGAUCCAGCUGCCUGGGAGUUCUCAGCUGCGGCCACCGGGCAGGGAUCCGAGCUGCAGGGGAAGGUGCCAGCCUGGGACGCUGGCAUCCUUUGGGGGCCUUUGGAGCCUGUGGGGGACCAGUCUCCGGAGUGGCAUUGUCCGUGGGUGAAGAGAGAAGGGUGAGAGGGGGCAAUCUUUAGCUGCAGCCAUGUUGGGACUGUGGGCAUUGCCGCAGGGAUCUGGGCAUCGGCUUCUGGGGCUAUCCUUGCUGGGCUUCUGCCUAGUCUUACUGGGAGGUGCCAAAAGGCCCCCCAAGACUCCCCCAUGCCCACCCAGCUGUUCCUGUACCCGGGACACUGCCUUCUGCGUUGACUCCAAGGCUGUGCCCAAGAACCUUCCCACUGAAGUCAUCUCCCUGACACUGGUGAAUGCAGCCUUCUCGGAGAUCCAUGACGGAGCUUUCUCUCAUCUGCCACUCCUUCAAUUCUUGUUACUCAAUUCCAACAAGUUCACUCUGAUUGGAGACAAUGCCUUCAUGGGAUUAUCCCAUCUGCAGUACCUUUUCAUCGAGAACAACGAUAUCUGGGCACUGUCUAGGUUCACCUUCCGGGGACUCAAGUCUUUGACACACCUCUCACUGGCUAAUAAUAAUCUUCAGACACUGCCUAGAGACAUCUUCCGACCCUUGGACAUCUUGAGUGACUUGGACCUUCGUGGCAACUCACUGAACUGUGACUGCAAAGUGAAGUGGUUGGUUGAGUGGCUGGCGAACACCAACACUACUGUGGCUCCCAUCUACUGCGCUAGCCCUCCCAGAUUCCAGGAGCACAAGGUGCAGGACCUCCCACUCAGAGAGUUCGACUGUAUCACAACUGAUUUUGUGCUGUACCAGACUCUGCCCUUCCCCGCGGUAUCGGCUGAACCUUUUCUUUAUGCCAGCGAUCUCUACUUAGCCCUGGCCCAGCCCAGUGCCAGUGCCUGUAACAUCCUGAAGUGGGACUACGUGGAACGGCAGCUUCGUGACUUUGACAGGAUCCCAGCUCCUUCAGCCGUGCACUGUAAGCCCCUGGUGGUGGAUGGCCAACUGUACAUGGUGGCAGCCCAGCUCUUUGGUGGUUCCUAUAUCUACCACUGGGAUCCAAACACCACUCGUUUCAACAAGUUCCAGGAUAUUGACCCCGAAAGGGUUCGGAAGCCCAAUGACCUAGAGGCCUUCCGCAUUGAUGGUGACUGGUUCUUUGCCAUAGCUGACAGCUCUAAGGCAGGAGCCACCAGCCUCUACCGAUGGCACCAAAAUGGCUUUUACUCCCACCAAGCCCUACACGCCUGGCACCGUGACACCGACCUGGAGUUUGUGGAUGGCGAGGGCAAGCCUCGGCUGAUUGUUUCCAGCAGCUCCCAGGCUCCCGUCAUCUACCAGUGGAGUAGAGCCCAGAAGCAGUUUGUGGCACAAGGUGAGGUGUCCCAGGUACCCGAUGCCCAAGCGGUCAAACACUUCCGUGCGGGUCGAGACAGCUAUCUCUGCCUCAGCCGGUACAUCGGUGACUCUAAGAUCCUGCGCUGGGAGGGCACCCGAUUCUCUGAAGUGCAAGCACUGCCAUCCCGGGGCUCCCUGGCUCUGCAGCCCUUCCUUGUGGGUGAACGGCGUUACCUGGCCCUGGGCAGUGACUUCUCCUUCACCCAGAUCUAUCAGUGGGACGAAGGUCGGCAGAAGUUUGUGCGCUUCCAGGAGCUGGCCGUACAGGCCCCUCGGGCCUUCUGCUACAUGCCUGCUGGGGAUGCCCAGCUGCUGUUGGCACCCAGUUUCAAGGGGCAGACCCUGGUGUACCGCCAUGUUGUGGUAGAUCUUAGUGCCUAGGGAGAUGCUGUGUGUGCUGAGAUUUUUCUUUAGAAGAUGCCAAGGGGUCCUUUGUAGUCAGUAUGUAACCAUGUGAAGACACAUGUAACCAGUGUUCAUACAUGCAUAUAAAUAUACACACCCCGGAAACAUGCAUAUGCACAUGAGAAACACAAAGUCACAUGUAAUCACAUGUCUGAUUUGUAAGAACUGACCUAAACAUAAGUAUACCCAACUCCACCUAACCCAUCAAUAUGCAUUCCCAGGCAUAUACAAAAUGCCCACAAGAGAUGUCUUCAGGCCCUGUGUUGUCUUCACUUCCUCUCUCUCUCUCUCUCUCUCUCUCUCUCUCUCAUAUUAACAAUCCCAUAUUAAGCCCUCAUCUCUCUCAGGCAUCUAUGCCAUAAGUGGCUCUCUGUUGCUUAUCUCUGGCCCUCCCAGGCUUUCCUGUUGAUGCCUCAGAGUAUUUAUUUAACACAGUUGGCGUUUCUGCUCUCAGGUGGCUAAACCCUUCCUUAGCUCUGUGUCUGAAUCCAUGUCAGCCUUCCCCCUUCAAACAUACCCACCAGCCUUUGCUUCUGUUCACAUGAGUGUACAUAGGGACACACACACACACACACAUACACAUACAUAAACACACGCAUAUAGACACACCUACAUAGAGUGUCUGCUUUGUCUAACAGGGCUUCUACUCAAUUCCUCCCCUUCAUUUGCGACGAGGAAGGGCCUGUGGAGCUGCAAAGCCCUGGGGAAGCACAUUCUGCCCAUUCUGCCUCUGCUCCCCCACAGCUGUGCCUGUUCCCACUGUUAGCAAGGGUAAAGAUGAUGGUAGCAGCCCUUCCGUUUGAGCUUGAGCCGCCCCCCCCCGCCCCCGCCCCCACUCCACACCAAAAGCAAUAAUAAAUCCCAGGCUUCCCCUGGUGCUGCUGAUCCACGCUCCCCUCCCCAGUUCUUUCUGAGGUGCAGGAUUCCCUCCUGCCUGGGGGCAGAAGAUGACUAAGAGCCUGGUAGCAGGGCACUGAUUCCAUCUUGGCUCGAUACCAAUCUGUCCUCACCCUUGAGCCUGCCCAUCUGUUUAUCCUGAGCUGCCCUGGGUUGAUUCCUUCUUGGGUAGGAGGGGGGAAAGUUGGCAGAUCAGGGCACUUGUAUCCAUUUGCCGACAGGCCCCUAGCACCCAGAGGGUCCAAGCUAACCUGGGGAUUUCCUGGGGGUUCCUGUGGCUCCUUUGCACUAAACCACGAGUUGUCACACAGCCUUUCAGAACAUCUCCCAGACACACCAGUGGACUCUAGGAAACGCCAGGUAUGAGCUAGCAGCCUUGUGAUACCAGCCUGAAAGGGAGGGUACCUGGGUGAUAAGCUUCUGCUGCCACCUUCUGGGCACUUGGUAGAUGAAGAACCGAGGGGUGGGCUGUGGUGAAAGGAAGGAGCAGAGCCGCCCCCCACUGAGACCCCACAGAGCCGCCAGUAUCGAUCCAUACGGCUCAGGUGUAAAGCUCGGAUUCACCUCUCUCUUCCAAUAAAAGCCCUCACCUCUC